UAAGCCCGCCUUCAUACCGUCGUCAGAGGUGCAACCAAACAAAGAAGCAGGCGCCAUGUCUCACCUGUGAACUCGGAGGACGACAAACAGGUCUGCUGCACCUUUGUUAGCUGUGUUUGUGCUGUGAGUUCAUCCCCAGGUCUUUUCAGAAAAUCGACAUCAUGGCAACCAAAACAGCUGAGGAUUUCCAAAAACCAGAAGAUAGCAGCUAUGACAUCAAGGACUCACGUGAACUCAGGAUAAUGCUUUUUGGAAAAAGUAAUGACAAGAAAUCAGCCCUGGAAAAGCUCCUCAUUGGGAAAAAAGAGUCUAAAGGUUUUGGAGGAAAACAAUCAGGUUCUGCUUCUGGAGAGAGGAACAGGAAACCUCCCACAGUUGUAAAAACUCCCAACAUCUUCAGUCUGCCUGUGAAUGAGCUGUUUAAAGAGAUGAAGAGCUGUGUGAGUCUCUGUCCUCCUGGACCAAAUGUUCUGCUGCUGUUAGUCAAACCUUCUGAUUUCACCGAAGAGGACAUAAAAACUCUGAAUUUGGUCCUGAGCUUGUUUGGUCAAGAUGAAGAAAAGAAGAGCCUGCAAAGAAGAAUGGAAGAACAGAGAGAUGAAAUUGAAAAAGAGAGAAAACAGAGAGAGCAGCAGCUUCAAGAAAUGGAGAAAAACAUCAAAAGAUCUGAGAGAGAACAGAAGAAGAGAGAAGAAGAGCUUAGAGACGAGGAAGAAAAGAAAAGAAAAAUGCAGGAAGAACGUCAACAACAGGAGUGGGAAAAAGAACGAGAAGCUCUGGAGAAAAAAAUCAAGUCCGAAUCAAAGGAAAAGGAAAUCACUGACAGAAAACUGGAGGAGGUUAAAAGAGAGAUGGAAGAAAAACGAGAGAUUUGGGAGAAGGAAAGAAAAGAGUGGUGGGAAAAACAGCAUCAAGAAGAUGAACUGAGACGUCAGAAGGAGAGAGAGAAACUGAAGAAGCUUCAAGAAGAGUACAAACAGGAAAUAGAAAAAUAUGAAAACAAAAGAAAAGAAGAAGAUCGACUCAAAAGAGAACAAGAAGAGAAGGAGCGAAAAGAAUUAGAGGAAAACUACAAGAAAGAAAUGGGGAACAUGAAAACGAUUUAUGAAGAGGAGGCCAGAAAACAAGCUGAAGAGUUCAAUGAGUUCAGAGAAAAAUAUAAUAAAGAACUCAAAACUCUGACGUUAAAACACGAUGAGGAGCUGGAAGGUCUGAAGCAUAAGCAUAAAACAGAUAUGCAACAGAAACAGGAUGAACACAGCAAAGAGUACAAGACAUUAGAAGACCAAGAAAAGAAAAAAGAAGAAGAACUCAAAACUCUGACGUUAAAACACGAUGAGGAGCUGGAAGGUCUGAAGCAUAAGCAUAAAACAGAUAUGCAACAGAAACAGGAUGAACACAGCAAAGAGUACAAGACAUUAGAAGACCAAGAAAAGAAAAAAGAAGAGGAAAUCAAAACCCUGAAAGAAAAACAACAAAAAGAAAUGGAUGAUUAUCUUGACCUCAAGAUGCUAAAAUUCAAGAAGUGUACCAUCAGCUGAUGUUCUUCUUUGCUGUAACAAUAAAUAUUGAUAUUACUAACUGAUCGUUCUGUAACCCCAGCAGUAUCUACAGGCCUCCGUCACAGUGCAUCAUGUAGCUGUGUUCACAUUCUUGGUUUCUUUUUUAUUUUACAUGUUCUCCAGUUUGUUUGAUUGUAUGUUAGAAGGUUCUUAGCUUUAUAAAGUAAUAGCAAAUAAUAUGAUUCCACAAUUAUCAGCAGCUGAACGUAAAAAAAAAAUUAAUCUGCAUGUUUUUUUCUGUAUUUUGACCUUUUUUAUUCACUCUCUCAUUUUAAAGGUAGACUCUUUCAUGACUAGGAAGUAUUUUUUGUGGAGUUUGAUUUCAUUUUAAUUCAGAGUUGCUGUUAUGAUAUAAUGACAGAAGCUGUAAACAUUUCCAUUAACAGUCACAAUAUCAUGUCAAAUUCUCAUUUUCCAUUUGUUGAAGAAUUUCUGACAUUUUGAAUUUAUUUGUGAUAUUUUAUGUGUACUUGCAGUAAAUUCUUUCCUUUGUGAUUAAUUCAUUGCUGAAACUGUUAAAUGUGCUAAUCAUAAUAAUAAAAUCUAAUGGUGAACAAUAUCAAACGUUUCUCUGAAUGCUACAUUAAAGCGCAUUUUGCAUAAAUAAAAUCUAAAAGGGGAAAA